GUUUCCGCCAUUUUAGUUGCAGUUUUCGUAUACUGUUCUUGUGCCGCUGUUCUUGUUUAAUCUGUUUGUCCGUAUCCUUACGUUUUGUGAUCUACACGACUAAAAUUUUUGUAAAAGCUCAAUCUUCAUUGAACUUCUGCUGCAGCUGGAUAUUGUUGUCGUUGUUCUACGAAUUACGGAAAAAUGUCUUACAAUCGUCGAAGUGGUGGUGGUGGUGGUGGUGGUAACUACGGCAUUGGAAAUAAUGGCAACUAUGGAAGUUCUUAUGGGCAAACUCCUAGCAACAAUUUUAGCAACUCUGGCAAUUAUGGAAGUGGAGGAGUUGGUGGCGGCGGCGGUGGCACUGGAAAUUUCAAUGGAGCUGGCACCAGUCGUUUCAAUAACUUCAAUAAUUAUGGUAGAAGCCCCAAGAUGAGUCCUUGGGAGUCUGGUGUUUCCCCAGGCGGUGGGAUGAUGCCAAAUGUUCAUCCAAAUCAAAUGGCUCUAGCUAGUGAUUUAUUAUCUAAGCUUUUAGCCCCUAACCAGGGUGGAUAUGGAAAUAGUCAAAAUUGGGGUCCAAACCCUGGAAUGGUGAGAAGACAGGAAUCGUUCAAGAACCAAAACCGGCGCAGGCCUGAUAAUCGCAAUCGUAGACCUCCUCCAAAAAAGGACGAUAAGAAAAAGGAUACUAAACCUGAAGCGGAUAAAAAUGAUAAGAGUUCUAGUAAUGAAACCAAUGGUAUCAAGAAAGAAACAACUGAUCAAGAACAUGUAGAUUAUGAUGGUAUUCCAACAGCUGUAUUAUUUUGUCAUGUUUGUCAAAAACACAUGUGGGACGGAGCUUCUUUUGAAAAACAUGUACGUGGUCGUCCUCAUGAAUUGAUGAUGACAUAUUUGGAUGAAGGGUACAAGAUGCAAGUAGAGUUAAUGCGUCAUCAGAUUAAAGCAGCUGAAAAUCAAAGAGAAAUUGAUUUAGAACGUAUGCAAGCUCAAAAUAAGGGAAAAGCAAAACCAUUGUUCCGUAAUUAUUGUCCUAUGUGCAAUAUUAAUUUCUAUGGACCUUUGACUGGACAUCGUAAAAGUGAUCGUCAUCGCAAAUUGAAACAAUUUCUUCAUCCAGAAUGCAAAAUGUGUGAUACAUUAUUCCAUACUCGCUUAGAAUGGGAUGAUCAUAAAUUAUCUUCAGAUCAUUUACGCAAAGUCGGUGAACAGCGCCGUCAAUUUAAUCCGGAUCUUAAAGACGAUGAAUUUGAAUUGCUUGAUGUGAUAGUGAUUGAAGAUGAUGGACCUUCAGAAGAAAUACCUGUUGCGUCAAAAUUAGAUAUGCUUGAUGAUCAAGACUUGAAAGAUGAAGAAGAAGAAGAAGAAGAACAGGAACAAGAACAGGAACAGGAACAAGAAGACAUUACAAAGGAAUCUGAUAAUAAAAAUGAUGAAGUAGUAGCUAAUACCAAUGUUGAUAAGGAAAAUAAAGAGGAUAUUUCUAAAGAUGAGAAUGAUACUUCCAAGACAGACAAUGAUACUUCCAUAAUGGAGAUUGAUGUUUCCAAAGAUGAAAAUAACAUUGAUAAAGAAUUGAAUGAUAGUACUAAAACAGAUGCAUUGGCUAUCAAAAAAGAAAAAGAAGAAAAAUAUAAUCCCACUAAUGUUGUUGGUCGUGAACUUGUAGUUAAGACUGGAGGAUAUGUAUGUCGUAUUUGUUCAAUGUUUAUGAAGAAUGAUGAAGAAGCAGAUUUACAUUGUCAAACUGCUUCACAUUACAUUAACUUUACUACUAUCACAAAAUUACAUGCUAAGAUCAAUAACCGAAAACGCAAAAUGAAAGAAGAUAAGAAAGAAGGCGAUGACAAUGAUUUGGACGAUGUGGACGAUGAUGUAAACGCAGAAGAAACUGAAUCUGAAACGCCUGAGAAAAAAGCUCGUUUGGAUGAAGCUGAAGAUCAACCGAUAGUUGAGCAAAAUGGCAUAGUUGAACCAGAAUCUGAACCUAUGGAUGAUGAUGAUGAUAUGCAAGAUAUAAAAUCAAAUGAACCCACUAAUGAGAUUUGCAAUGAAGAGUCGAAUGCAAUUAACUCUGAAGAUUCAGUAGUUCCAGAUCCAGACCCUGUAGUUAAAGACACAGUAGUUGGGGAUACUGUUGUUGAAACUAAAGAAGUUGUUGCUGAACCAGUUAAAGAAUCUCCAGCUCCAGCUGUCAAAACUACUCCAACACGUGGUAGAGGUGGUGGUCGUGGUCGAGGAGUAGCAAGAAGGGGUCGAUCAAGUCGCUAAAAUCACAUUUGAGUAAAUAAGUUUUAAAAAAAAAAAUGGAGGAUAUAUAACUUUAGAAAAAAUAAUUGAGUAUCCAAUAAUUUGUAAUUCGUAAAAGUUAUUUGUUUUUAAACAUUCUUCAUUUAUGUGUAUUCAAAUAUCAUUUGAUUUUAAAUAAAGAAUAAUCAUUUAAAUUAUUAACA